UCUUUGGAUGUGUGCUGAUCUACUGGAUAAUUUAGAACUUUGCCAAAAACAUGGGGAACUCUUGUCCUUGAGUGAAGCUCUCAAUGGGGGAAAGUAACGUUUCCUCAUACGUUGUGGAGUCUUUUGCUUCUCUAUUCCUCUUAACGGAAUCAACAUCAUUUUUCUUGAAACCGUGUGCCAAACAUACUGAUAAGUAGCCUACUGACAGGCUAAGCAUUGUGUUUUCCCAUUGUGCAGCGAAGGCUCAGUAACUAAUUUAAACUGUUCCACCGGUUAGUCGAGGACGGGCAAGAAUGAAGCUCAGCAGGCAAUUUACAGUUUUUGGUAGUGCCAUAUUUUGCGUGGUGGUGUUCUCAUUAUACUUAAUGUUGGAUCACCUGCAGUUAGACCACACAAAAAACCCAGGCAACGGAGAAAGACUGCAAAACGGACAGCUGUUGCUUCUGCAGGACAAAAUUGAUCGUUUAGAAAGACUGCUUGCGGAGAACAAUGAGAUCAUUGCCAAUAUCAGGGACUCCGUGAUCAACCUCAGGGAGUCUGUGAAGGAUGGCAGAGGAAUGCCUGAUUCCGGCAACUUCAGCCAGGGCGGCUCGGAGCUACUGCCUUCUGUGCCGCUGGUUCUUCCAAUCGACAAGGGAGACUGCCAGUUCUCUGCACGACUGUAUUCCAAGGUAGCAGAUGGUGUGCAGAUGUUGGACAUUUAUGACCUGCUUUCCUUUGAUAAUCCUGAUGGAGGAGUGUGGAAGCAAGGCUAUGACAUCACCUAUGAUGAGAGUGAAUGGGACAAUGAACCAUUGCAGGUGUUUGUGGUACCACAUUCACACAAUGACCCUGGUUGGAUAAAGACGUUUGAUGACUACUAUCGUGACCAGACACAACAUAUCCUGAACAACAUGGUGGUAAAACUGCAUGAAGACAGCCGACGGAAGUUCAUUUGGUCAGAGAUCUCAUACUUCUCCAAGUGGUGGGACAACAUUGACGAACAAAAGAGAGAUGCUGUCAGAAGUCUUGUAUCACGCGGCCAACUGGAGAUUGCGACGGGAGGCUGGGUGAUGCCCGAUGAAGCAAGCACGCAUUACUUUGCAUUGAUAGAUCAGCUACUGGAGGGACACCAGUGGCUGGAAAGGAAUUUGGGAGUAAAGCCCAAGACAGGCUGGGCUGUUGACCCAUUUGGCCACUCCUCCACUCAGGCUUACCUAUUAAAACAGGCCGGUUUCUCCAACAUGCUCAUACAGAGAGUGCACUACUCAGUGAAGAAGCAUUUUUCAAUUCAAAAGACUCUGGAGUUCUUUUGGAGACAAAACUGGGAUCAGGACCAGAGCACAGACAUCUUAUGUCAUAUGAUGCCCUUCUACAGUUAUGAUGUGCCUCACACCUGUGGUCCAGACCCAAAGAUCUGCUGCCAGUUUGACUUCAAGAGACUCCCAGGGGGCCGCAUCAGCUGCCCAUGGAGAGUCCCCCCUCAACCAAUCACUGACAGCAACAUACAGCAGAGAGCUGUGAUGCUGCUGGACCAGUACCGGAAGAAAUCCAAGCUCUUUAGGACCAAAGUGGUGCUGGCCCCAUUGGGGGAUGAUUUCCGCUAUACAGAGGCUUUGGAGUGGGACCAGCAGUUUCAUAACUACCAAAGACUCUUUGACUACAUGAACUCUCAUCCAGAGCUACAUGUCAAGGCCCAGUUUGGCACCAUCUCAGACUAUUUUGAAGCAAUGCGUAAAGCGGCAGGCGUUGACCCCAGUGGCGCCAGCGCUGUAGCACCCUCUCUGCCCAUUCUGAGUGGAGACUUUUUCACUUAUGCAGACAGAGAUGACCACUACUGGAGUGGCUUCUUCACCUCCCGGCCCUUCUACAAACGACUGGACAGAAUGUUAGAGUCUUAUCUCAGGGCCGCUGAGAUCCUUUACUCUCUUGCCUUGGCUCACAUCCAGAAGGCUGGCGAUAAACCGAGCGAUUUUCCUGCUGUGGAGAAUUAUAAGUUACUGACAGCAGCCAGGCGCAACCUGGGCCUCUUCCAACACCACGAUGCCAUUACUGGCACUGGCAAAGACUGGGUGGUGGUCGACUAUGGGACCAGGUUGUUCCACUCCAUUCUGAAUGUGAAGAGAGUGAUUGUGGAUUCGGCCCAUUGGUUGGUGCUCGGCAACAAAAAAGCAUAUAACCAUGAUCCUUCAAACCCUUUCCUUCAGAUGGAUGAUGUCCAACCUGCACAAGAUUCCCUGCCCCGCAAGACUGUUCUGAAAGUUGGUGCACAGCCCAGGCCUGUCGUCGUACACAACCCCACUGAUCAGAUCAGGGUAUCGGCAGUAACGGUGUACGUGAACACCCCUCGUGUGCGCGUUCUCACAGCUCAGGGGCAAUCAGUGAGUGCUCAGAUCAGCGCUGUGUGGGAAGGCACGACUCAGGCUUCCACUGAGGCCUAUCAGCUUACGUUCUUCGCCCAAGUGCCCUCUCUUGGUCUCGCUGUGUACCAGCUUGUUGAGGGGGCGGAGCUGAGGACAUCCGAAGCAAAGUACGUCUUUUUAAAGCAAGGUGGCGGCUUGUCUGUCAGCGGGGCGGAGCAUUUUAGUGUGUCCAUCCCACAGGAGCCAGUGUCUGUUUCCAUUGAAAACCCUCAUCUGCAGCUGUGGAUCUCCCCCUCCACAGGUCUAUUGGAGAGACUGAAACUAAAGGAGGAUGGCUCUGAACACCAGGUGAAAGUGGAGUUUAUGUGGUACGGCACCACCAGCAGCAAAGACAAGAGCGGAGCCUAUUUGUUCCUUCCCGAUGGAGAAGCUACAAGGUAUUCUUCCUCUCAGCCUCCUGUGAUUCGUGUAACCAAGGGACCAGUGUACUCUGAAGUCACCACCACCUUCACACACGUCACACACACUGUGCGGCUCUACAAUAUAAAGGGCACAGAUGGCCAGGCUGUUGAGAUCUUUAACACUGUAGAUAUAAGAGGGGAGAUCAACCAUGAAAUUGCUAUGAGGAUAACAUCAGAUCUGAACAGCCAGGAUCGAUUCUUUACCGACCUAAAUGGUUUCCAGGUGCAGCCCAGGAGAACUCUGGCCAGACUUCCCUUACAGGCCAACUUCUACCCCAUAAGCACAAUGAUGUACCUGCAGGACUCCAGCAGAAGACUGACCCUGCUUACUGCCCAGUCUCUGGGUGCUGCCAGCCUUAAGAGUGGUCAGAUGGAGGUUAUUUUGGAUCGACGACUCAACCAGGAUGAUAACCGUGGGCUGGGCCAAGGAGUCCUGGACAACAAGCUCACCGCUAACUCUUUCCGUCUUCUCCUGGAGAAGAGGCUGCCAGCUGUGGAGAAUGAGAAGAUUUCUCCUGUCAGCUACCCAUCACUGCUGAGUCAUACUUCUGAAAUGUACCUGAACCACCCCCUCAUCCCUAUGGCGAUGAGUUUGGGCUCAGCAACUAUGCCCCUGGUCCCUUUCAGUCCACUGACAUCCUCGGUACCCUGUGACAUUCAUAUAGUUAACCUGCGCACCAUCCAGUCCAAGGAGGAAGGGGGAGGACCGUCGGACCAAGCUGCUUUGAUUCUACACAGAAAAGGCUUUGACUGUGGCUUCUCCAAUAUGAACACUGGCCUUCUAUGUACCACCACACGUGGCAAGGUGAACCUCAGAAAGCUGUUUGCUGAACUAACAGUUCGGGGGAUGACACCUGUGUCCCUGACUUUGAUGCAUACACCUCAGAGUGGACAAAUUCAACAGGAGAUCAGUCUUAAACCAAUGGAAAUUAGUACAUAUCGUCUACAGCUAAGCUGAGCCAAGCCAAUGCCUGAGCCAUUUGACAAACCAGAGUCUUGACUCCAGUCUGGAGCAAAUCAAAGACCACCCCCCUGUCGCCUUCAGUUAAGGAAUUGCAGGGUGAACUGCUAAAACUGAACUCUUAAGCCUAAUAGGAAAGUGCAAUAUGAAAUUGAUAAAGAGUCCCUAUCCAGCCCACUCAGGUUCUGUCUUCUUUCUUAUUUGGAAAACAAUGUUGUAUAUUCACUGUGAUGAGGGGUGAUGCUCUUCUCGUAAUAUAAUUUUUCUGUUGUGUUAGAUUCAGAAAUAGCUGGAGCUCAAGUGGAUACUUCUAAGUCUCUCCCUAUUUGAGGAACAAAUUAAGACCGAGUUUCAUUGUAAGGUAGAUACACCAUAUGACUGAAACUUGGUGGUACUUGGACAGGGAUUUUUUUUUUUAAAUUAAUUAUUGUGAAACCCAUUUGAUUUAAAGAGAUUUUUUUAUUCUAAUCCAAAGUGAUUUUGUGAAAAUGUGCCUUAUUUUUCAGCAUCAUAAGAAGUUCAUCAUGUCUUUGUUUUGAGUUCAGCAGCAGAAACGUAUGAUGUCAGUUAACUGACAGCCAGUAUAACAGCAUUUGCUAAAGAUGUUACAUUCAUUUUUAAAGCUCUCUACAAAAUACCAUGUAGAUUUGGAACAAAACUGAUCUGUCACGCCUUCAUACGUUUUACCACAUUUGUCUUGUUAUAAAUUUUAACAAGGCUUCAAAGAGCUGGGCACAUUAAAUGUAGAUGAUAAUUAGAAGUUAUUUUUUUUUGUCCUGUUGGUUGUUUAAUUUAAAUGUCUUGCAGAAUUUGAUGCAAAUGACUGCAGCAGAUGUGAUAAUCACAUGACUUGAUAUGGGUCUAUUAUUGUGACCUUAUGUAUCAGAGUGGUUUUAGCUUUACACAGCCGGUGACAUGUUUUUGUUUGCUUAGUCAUGACAUAAGGCCCUUGUCCUAAUCUCUUUUAAUUUUGAGAAUGACAUGGCGCAUGUAAGAAAUUCACCAUCACAUCAAAUGUCAAGUUACAGGAAAAAUAUUAUUUAACUGAAAACAAUAAUUGCCUUGUCAUUUGUUGUAAUAAUAUGAUAAAGAUAGCAGAGUAAACCAGCCAUACAAUACAAACAGUAAUGAAACAAAACUCUUCAGGUGCUAAUUCACAAGUUAGAUUUUUUCCAGAGGUUUUGAGUUUAAAAAACAAAACAAAAACAAAACAAUAGAUCAUCUCGGUUUACUGUUACCUUCCAACACAAUAUGAAAGCAAUGUGCCAAGAGUCAAUAGUUCUGUAAACAUCAGUGCAUGAUGUUCAUGAUGCAUUUGUAGAUGCACUGGCAAUCCAACUAUGCAACACCUGUGGCAGUGUUGUAUCUAGUCUUACUUAUACCUAUGAUAUACAUAAGCUGAAAUGGAUCAAGCAGCAUCACUGAACUGUAUUAGCUAAUUUCCUUAUCAUGAUUUCAAUGUAAUAGUCAGCUAGUCCUUCCUAGCAUCACCCAAACAUGAUCAAUUGUGGAAAUAUACUGUAAUCAUUUGUUGUCUUUUUUAGAAGUAGUUGUCAAGGUAGGGAGUAUACUAACCACAUUUGCCUUGAGGAAAAUGAAGGUUGUCUAGGUUAUUCUGGCAGUGACUUGUUAGAAUGUGGUAAUUGUGAUUCGAGAACUGUUUUUGUUUUCAUGCUGUGUGGUCUUCUAGAAUGUAAAUGGGAGUGUCAAAAAUGGUUUACUACCUGCACAUGCAAAACUCUACUGUCUUUUGUUAUCUUUUGAUAAUUGUUGAAUUCAUGCUUUUUUCAGUUCAAUCAGAGGAUGGUCUGUAUCAGUGAUUAUCAGUUUCUCUCACUUUUUUAUGCUUAUGUGAACUCCGGCCCUUUGUACUGUUUGGAAAGCUGGCAAAAGGUGGAAAUGCUGAUUUGUUAGUCUUUUUACCAGGUUGCUGAUUUCAGUUCUGUCAAAAAAAUCUGUUUUUCCUUAAAUGUAAUAUAAUGCAAGAAUAAAGAAAAAUGAGUU